AUGUACUCGUACUGGCCGUCGUAUACACAAUCAAUGUUUCAUAAAGUAGAUGCACCUAUGGGGUCUCGUGGCCAAGUGGUUAGCGUGUCCGUCUACCGCUCCCACGACCCGGGUUCGAAUCCUGUAGUUUUACAGGUUCAUCCGGGUAGCCGACCCCCGGCCAACCCGGCCGUCCAUCCUUUCGAGGCAGGGCUGAAAAUGGAGAUCCACAUAAUAAAAGGAGGAUUAUUGACAGCGGACCUGCAGGAUCCAGACAUCGAGAACAAGUUGCCCACCCUUCCGAGCGACCUCAAUGCCGUCAGACUCAAGUGGGUCGCUCAAAAGGAAACGCGUUGUUGGGCGUCUGGAUCAAUUCCUCCAAGACCCCUUUCAAUUCAUAUUUGUUCCUCUGAUCUAUUAACUGCUAACAUAAGGUCUAUAAGUGCACCUCCGUUCUACACAGUUGUCAUACUGCUAUUUCCAGAAACCGAUUUUAUGCAUUUCAGAUACAAGUUCAGUGAAUUGAAAUCUCUAUCGCCAGAUCUGCUCUAUAAUCCACUUCUCAACAUACCUUCAUCCGGAAACAUACCCAAAUAUGAAUCAGGUAGUAUUCCGUUUCGUUACAUUCGGUACAAUGAUGGUGUUAAAGCCCCGCAUCAUACGAGUAUGAUGGUUUUUGAGUCUUGGACAGACAGUAUUCGAACCAUGCCAUCGCGUAAAAGCAGCGCGAGACAUAGCACUUCUACCGACUGA